AUGUUGACGUGUGAUCAUCCUGUACCCCCGGAUCGGUAUGAUGAAAGAGUUGAGGAUCAUUUAAGGGUAACAGGUUUUUAUUAUGCGUCCCAGAUUGGAAUAGUCCAAAAUCAGAAGGCAUUGGUGAAUGCUUUAGUUGAAAGGUGGCAUCCAGAUACACAUACCUUUCACCUUCCUAUUGGUGAAUGUGCUGUGACGCUAGAAGAUGUGGCCUUAAUUCUCGGUCUUCCGACGGACGGUCUUCCAGUCACAGGGAUGACUAUUAGUAGCUUUGAUGCCUUAGAGGCGGAGUGUCUCAAUCAAUUCGGGGUUGCACCGAGAAAGUCAGAGUGCAGAGGGAGCUGUAUAAAACUGACAUGGCUUCGAGAUCUUAGAGAACGCUUACAGUUGGUUGAUGAGAUCAGUAUACAGAGGUAUGUCAAGUGCCACAUAAUGUUGUUGAUCGGUACGAUAUUGUUUGGAGACAAGUCUGGAGCAUCUGUGCACUGGAAAUAUCUGCCCUUGCUAAAUGAUUUUGGCAGUAUCGGACAAUACAUUUGGGGUUCCGCAUGCCUAGCCCACCUUUACAAGGCAUUAUGUAGAGCAUCUCGUUAUGACUGUAAGGAGAUCGAUGGUCCACUCACACUGUUGCUCGUGUGGGCAUUUAUGCGACUGCCGUACCUAGCUCCGGUUCCGAGAGAACCCCGCAGUUUUCUGCUUGCAAAUAGGUGGCGUAACUGGGAGCGUGGAGACCGACGCUUUAGGUAUCUAAAACUUGCUCACAUUAGGAAGGCACUCGAUGAUCUUCAGGAAGGGCAGUUUGUGUGGGUUGCUUAUGGUGUGGAUCGGGUGGAUCCGAACAUAAUCCCUGCUGAUAUUUACAUGCAUUCGAUUGUGUGGAGUGCUACGGUGCCAUUGGUGUCUUUUGAAUGCAUUGAAUGGCAUGCGACCGAUCGGUUUAGGCGACAGUUCGGUUUUGUUCAGGGAGUUCCUGAUCAGGAACAGAAUUUAGACAAGGCACAUGGUGAAGUCCUAACUGGUCCUAAGAAUCUUAACUGGGCCACAGCUACGAGUCAUUCAAAUUGGGUUAUGCAAUGGACAAACAGGUAUAACCACAUUCUUGCUGAGCUUCCCAUGCCUCCAGAGAAUCCCUUAGAUAUUUACAUGGACUGGUAUCUCAUUAAAUAUGGCCACCACUUGUAUUUGUCUGAUCGUGUGGUUCAAGAGAAUGAUGAGGGUGAUCAGGUCAUGGAUGAUGUGGUUGAUGGGAAUGAGGAGAAUGAAGAGAAUGAAGAACAGUUACCAGAUUCACCUCCCCCACCACCUCCACCUCCGCCUCCACCUCCGCCUCCACCUCCACAAGAACAACCGCAGUUUACCUCAUCAUACUGA